GUGGAACAUAAACACGCGCCAAAUUGAAAAUGGGUUUGUCAGCUUGGGUCAGGAAACAUUCGAUGAUAUUGAUCGUCGGUGUUACCAGUACGGCUGGGUUAUUGUAUUCCUGUUACACCACGAAUAAACGGUUGGCUACCUUGAUUUCAUUGUGUUCCUUUGGUAGCGCAUGUUUACAGAAACGUUAUGGGUCUCGUCAUAUGCUCGAUACGAGUAAGGUUGUUAUAGUUACAGGAUGUGAUUCGGGACUUGGUUAUAGUUUAGCAUUGCAUUGUCAAUUUCUUGGUGCCACCGUUAUAGCCAGCGUUUUAGACGAGAACGGUCAGGGUGCUGAAUUAUUAAAGAAGAAGGGAAUCAUUGUAUUACCACUCGAUAUUACAAACGAAAAGAGCAUUGAACAAUUUUACAAUGACGUACGCCUAUUACUCAACAAAAAGAGAUAUACUUUGAAAGCGUUAGUGAAUAAUGCGGGCGUUAUGAUAUUCGGCGAAUUCGAAUGGCAAACCAAGGAUCAGAUGAAACAUCAAUUGGAGGUGAAUUUCUUUGGAACGAUGAAGAUCACGCAUCAAUUGAUGCCGCUCAUCCGAAGGGAUUCAACAAGGAUUGUCGUUGUCUCGAGCCAUUGCGCGAGCGAACCAUUACCCGGAGUAGCGACCUACAGCGCGACAAAGGCCGCGAUCAAUGCUUGGGCUAUGGCCAUCAGGGUAGAAUUAAAGAAAUAUGGCAUCGACGUUGUUACCUUUGUACCUGGAUCCUUCACCCAAGAGAGUAACAUUUUGGCCAAACAAUCGGAAUGUUUCGAUGCGAUGAAAGAAUCUAUGACAUUAGAUGCAAGAUAUUUUUAUAAGGAUUAUUUUGAUCGAUAUGCGAAAUAUUUUGAACCAUUGGCUUGUAAGGUCACGCCCAAAGCCGUCGAGAAUCCAAGGAUUUAUGAAAAAUUCGAGGGAGCAUUAUUGGACAGUUAUCCCUCGUCGGUUUAUAAAUGCGAGCCUUGGAGAUAUUGUUUCUAUUAUACAUUAUUUAAAAUCACACCCUAUUACAUACGUGAUCGAUUGAUCGAGUCAUUUGUAAAAUUACCGAAUUGGAAAGAAAAGAACAUUGAUAAGGGGUUUGAGGUCGAUAGUUGAAAGAGCCCGAUUUUUUAGAAGAUUGCUAAGGAUUUUAGUUUGUUAGAAAAAGAUUUAUGGCAUACGAAAGAGAAAGUAUCUUUUCUUUUCUUUUUAUUUUUUAUUCCAAUAAAUUGUUCGUCUAUAUUUUUCACAGAUAUAUAUAUAUAUAUAUAUAUAUAUAUAUAUAUA